CAAACUAUGUAUCGUUUAGCAGUACUUUUAGCCAUCGUUAUCGUUGCUGCUGAAGCGUAUCCAAUGGAUUCAGACGAUUACGUUUACGCAGACAAACGAGCUAUGCGAAAUGCAUUGGUACGCUUAGGACGAUCUGGAAUGAGAAAUGCACUUGUCAGGUCGGAAUUACUACGUGCACUGCAGGAACACCAGGUAACUGUGGAACUGAACACUGAAAGACGCAUAAAUGACUUAUUGUUCAUUUACUAUAACUGCUUCAAUAGAAAUAUCAGUUUUAAAUGUUUUGAAAGAAUCAUUUGCCUAUUUGAUCUUUUUUCUUGUUUAAAUCUUUCUUUGAGACAGACACAAACAAAUUCGUGCAAAAAAGCUAGCUGCUACUGA